UGGGACAGAUCUGCUAUCUCUAUUCUGGGACAGAUCUGCUAUCUCUAUUCUGGGACAAGGCGCCGGCCCUGACCACAGUUGUGAUGUGCCCGGUCCAAGUGGAAAAUACCCCAGGACCACGCUGGAGCGUAGCACGGUCUACAGCAUUUCAGUCGCCGGCACCAAGACAGAAGUACUUUGUGGUGAUCGCACCGGUAUAUGUCAGGACAGACACGUGGUCACCACGAUACCACGUCACCCCAAUUGGUGCGACCUGGAGCCGACCGGUCGAGCAGCCUUUUGCUCCAUGGUCGGUUCAGUGACAGGUAUGCCAGCAACAACAGGCUGUCGAUGCAGCUCUUGUUGACGCCCGGCGAAGACAAUCAUGUGCGCCUGGAUCCCGGGCGUCCCAGCCUAGGUGAGGUGUUGGCCAGCCUUGCUCGCGACACGUUGGUCUUGUGGUCAAAGAAUGCACCGUGUGGCCAGUGUCUUGCAUGCACCACGCAAAACUCAAACAUUGCCCUUUCGACGCCAAAGACGGGACAGAGAAUGCCAAAGACGGGACAGAGAACGCCAAAGACGGGACAGAGAACGCUGACUGAACGAAUAGCAACAUGGCCAACUCAUCCAGCGCCUCGCCACAACGCUGUCGAGUGUCGUUUGCAAUUGUGCGUUCCUGCUCAAGCAGCCGUGGCCGCUCAUGCUCGCCGCGCUGUUCUGGUGAAGGCUUCAGAGCGCUCGUCAACGACGGGGACUUUGCGUUCACACUGCAGGACGCGGACGCGGACGACGACAAGGUUGAUGCGUGGGAGUGGCGCGCGGCAGAUACGAUGGUGUGCGCGUACAUGACGAGUGCGAGUGGGAGUCGCGCUGCAUGGACGAGGUGUGGAGCACGUUUGUAAAGGCGCAGCUGUUCAUCCGCGACCCCCUCGAGCCUGCGAGCGCGCCGGGUGAUGGCGAUGGAGACGACCCGCGCCGUGUGCGUGUCGAGGACAAGGGCAUGGACACGGCUGUGCGGAAGACAGGCCCGUGAGGUGAGGUGGGGUGAGGUGAGGUGAGGUGAGGUGAGGUGAGUUGAGGUGAGUUGAGGUGAGGUG